CAGCAUCCCCCCCCCUCACUUCCGUCCUGCAAGCCGGGAGCGCGCAGGAGAUACCUUGAAGUUUGAAAACCGGACAAUGCUAAGGGACACCAUGAAGUCUUGGAAUGACAGCCAGUCAGAUCUCUGUAGCAGUGACCAAGAGGAGGAGGAGAUGGUUUUUGGUGAAAAUGAAGAGGAUUUGGAAGAGAUGAUGGAUUUCAGCGAUCUGCCCACCUCACUUUUUGCUUGCAGCGUCCAUGAAGCAGUGUUUGAGGUCCAAGAGCAGAAGGAGAGAUUUGAAGCACUGUUUACCCUUUACGAUGACCAAGCCACGUUUCAGUUAUUUAAAAGCUUUAGAAGAGUCAGGAUAAAUUUCAGCAAACCCGAAGCUGCGGCCAGAGCACGGAUAGAACUCCACGAGACUGACUUCAACGGGAAGAAGCUGAAGCUGUAUUUCGCACAGGUGCAGACGGCAGGGGAGGCUCGGCGCAAGGCCUUCCUGCUGCCACCGCAGCCUGCCAAACAGUUCCUCAUCUCCCCGCCCUCAUCCCCGCCAGUGGGCUGGAAGCAGAGCGAAGAUGCAGUGCCCAUGAUCAACUACGACUUACUCUGUGCUGUCUCCAAGCUGGGGCCAGGGGAGAAAUAUGAACUGCACGCAGGGACAGAGUCCACACCCAGCGUGGUGGUUCACGUCUGCGAGAGUGAGACCGAAGAGGAAGAAGAUAUGAAAAACCCCAAACAGAAAAUCACCCAGACGCGGCGGCCUGACCCUCCCACGGCGGUGCUGAGGGAGCAGCAGACCUUCCCCUGCGCACUGUGAGCUGCGCUGCCCAGCACUGCCCGGCCGCCGCUCUGCCUGCAGCUGCCCGGCCCUCCGGCCUCCUGUUGAUGCCCACUGCCGCAGGGUGCUCAUGCUGCCAGGGAGCCAGGCUGGAGCCUUCACCAGGCCUGCGCAGGAGGAGUAGCAGGUGGUUUGGAAUUCCACUGGUUUGGAAUUUGGAGUGGUAUUCUAAAUGGCACUUUAAAUGAAAGGAUCAGCCUCUCCUCUCCCCCCAAAGAUGUGUCAGCUCCAGUCAAUAGCAGAUUAGGAACAUGGCUUCCCAUCUCUGCCCUCUCCCUCUAGCAAUUAUCUUAAAUUCUCCUGAGACCAUACAGCAUGGGUACCCAAUCCCAGAUCCAUAGCACCCAGGCACUUCCAUCUCUAUGGAUUUUAAAAUAUUCCUACAGUUUUAAUCUGGUGUGGGGUGGUUUAUACCAGCCAUGAUAGCUUCUAACUAGCACACUGAUCAAAGGUUAAUGGUAAUUCAGUGUACAUGACUUUUUUUGCAUGAAAAGAAACCUGAAAUGCAGAAUAAUUUCUAUC